ACUACGACUACUAUUUAAAGUCGUCUUCUCCAAAACCUCGUGCUGAUCAUUGACAAAACCUUACCACCUUAAACCCGAACAAAACUCCUUAGCUGGAGAAAACCAAUUAUGUCGAUCACAUAUUCGCCUUCAGGAACGGUUUCUUCUCUCUCUUAUGCUCACCGAUUCUCUGUUCGUAGCUUCCCGGCUCCAUCCAACAACUUUAAUCCCAGAUCGAAUGGUCGUCUUGUGCUCCAUGGAGGAGCUACCCAUUUCUGUCAAAGAUUUUGUGGUCUAAAACUGUGGAUACUUAAGAGCCUUAAAAAAAGUCAGCUAAAGAGAAAACAUGCACCGCCAAAUGAGUUUAAGAGUAUGAAAAAUGAAGAUGAUGAUCACUUAUCAACUUAUCCUAAAACAAUUUCGUCACUCGAAGAACAUGUUUCCGAUGGAACCACAAUUAAGUUGGGUCAUGUUUCGGCUUCUGUGGAAUCUCCAACAUCUUUGCCACAACCACAUUCCUACCAGUUUUCGAGUGAUGGCUAUGGUGGACCUUCUCUCUGCAUAGCUGUCAUUGGAGCUACAGGUGAGUUGGCGAGGAGGAAGAUUUUUCCGGCACUGUUUGCUUUGUAUUACAGUGGAUUUCUUCCUGAGAACAUUGGUAUAUUUGGUUAUUCAAGAAAGAAUUGGACGGAUGAAGAUCUGAGAUCUACAAUAGCUUCAACUUUGACUUGCCGUGUUGAUCAUCAAGAAAAAUGUGGGGACAAAAUGGAUGCUUUCCUGAGUAGAACAUAUUACAUUAAUGGUGGUUGCGGUAAUAGAGAAGGGAUGUCAAAACUCAAUGCCCUGAUGGAGCAAAUUGAGGGGAAAUCUGAAGCCAAUAGGAUCUUUUACCUUUCCGUGCCACAAGAAGCACUUAUAGAUGUUGCGUCUUGUCUUGCUGAUAAUGCCCAAACCACGAAGGGCUGGAACCGUAUAAUAAUUGAGAAACCAUUCGGCUUUAAUUCAUUAUCAUCUCAUCGGUUGACACAGUCCCUUCUAUCCAAGUUUAAGGAGAAGCAAAUAUACAGGAUUGAUCAUCUCCUGGGAAGGAACCUUAUUGAAAAUCUCACGGUUCUAAGAUUUUCCAAUCUAGUAUUUGAGCCACUAUGGAGUUAUAAAUAUAUACGUAAUGUACAGGUAAUCUUAUCGGAGGACUUGAGUGCACAUGCAGCAAGGUAUUUUGAUGGUUACGGAAUUAUCCGUGACAUAGUACACAGUCAUAUACUCCAAGCAAUAGCAUUGCUUGCCAUGGAACCACCUAUAACUCUUGAUGGUGAAGAUAUUCGAAAUGAAAAGGUCAAGGUUCUGAGAUCAAUUCGGAGAUUGGAACCUAGUGAUGUUAUUCUUGGCCAAUAUAAGGCAAGUACGAAGGAUAAGGUCGAUAUCUAUACAAACAGCCUGACGCCCACAUAUUUUGCUGCUGCACUUUAUAUUGACAAUGCACGGUGGGAUGGCGUGCCAUUCUUAGUCAAAACUGGAAUAGGGCUCAUCCAACACAGGGUGGAGAUACGUAUACAGUUUCAUCACGUGCCAGGAAACAUUUAUCGUGAACGUAUGGGGCACAACAUUGACCUCGCAACGAACGAGCUCAUUUUACGUGAUGUUCCGGAUGAAGCCAUCCUCAUCAGAGUCAACAAUAAGGUCCCAGGAUUGGGGUUGCACUUGGAUUCCCCAGAACUCAAUUUGCUUUACAAGGACAAGUAUAAUGUGGAGGUACCCGAUUCGUAUGAGCAUCUUCUUCUCGACACCAUUGACGGAGACAACCAUCUCUUCAUGAGAAGCGAUGAGGUUGCAGCUGCAUGGAAUGUUCUAAGUCUGGUUCUGCAGGAGAUGGACAAGAAUAAUAUAGUGCCGGAGCUGUAUGAGUUGGGUGGUAGAGGUCCAGUUGGAGCAUACUAUUUGUGGGCAAAACACGGGGUUCGGUGGGCAGAAGACUAGCAAUGCUUUCUGUUGUAUAAGUUGUUUUGAAGAGCAAUGUGCAAUGACUUCCCCAAAUGGCCAAAAGAAAUAACAAAAUUGCCCUUGAAGUUUCAUUGUGGGGGGUUUUGGUUUUCGGGUGUAAAAUGGCCAAACUAGUGAAUCCGCGGCCACAAAACUUUUACUUGGAUAGUUAUGAUGUUUCUCCUUAAACUUUGGGACCCCUCGAAUUACACAGAAAGGUAGCGCUUGAAUCAAGGGUUAAAUCACUUUUAUGUGGAUUUUUGGGUCCCUCAUGAGAAAAAUCAUUUCAAUUUGGGUCCUAUAAUGUCAUGGUUGAUCGGAUAUUUCUUAGGAUUUUAGGUGAAUUUCAAUGACUUCCACACAUUAAGCUUGAGUGAGUGGUCAUUCCUAUGGUUAGUGUUUGUCAUAAUUCCUGUUGACGAAUAUUUCUUCUGACAAGGAUAAACAUAGAGCGCCAUGCUAGUAUGGCUUAUCAAUUAUAUUGUCGACCCUUCAACCUAAAACCAAUAAUUAAACCAAUAGUUAAUUCUAGUAAAAUGAUGACCAUCACCACAACUAUUGUAUUG